AUGUUUAAAAAUAGUUUUCUUUCCUUAAUUCAGAAAUUCAUGUGUCCAACUCGCACUGAUGGUGGCGGCGGUCGAGGAGUGCGUCCAGUUUAUCUGAGAUGUUCCAGAGGCACAGUGUCGUGGCGCUACCCACGAGGAGCCUUAAGAGUAGUAUUAUCUGGAGGAAGUGACGGCAGAAGUUUCCGAGGAUGCGUGAAAGCUUCAGGUCCCGCACGAGUUUACCUCGAGGGCAAGGGCACUCUCCGGUUGGUUUAUGCCCCCGGUGACGGAAAGCACGAAGCGUUGCAUCGGUGCUUCCAUUCCCGCGGACAAUUGGCCGCGCUCUACGUGGAGGCCGACGAAACGACGCCGACCCGUGGAACUGUCAAGCUGAGGUAUGACUUAGAGCUGGAGCAUGUUGACAACGAGGGGAAAAAAAUUAGGAGGGACGAGGAAACCGAGUGCAGGCCUUGCACUAAGGAAGAGCUCGCUGAAACUUACUGCAAGAGUGAUCUUGUUGCUCGUGGGACUGUCAGUGCGGUUGAAAAGAGGCCGGAUCUCAAUGCUGCGGAGAUUAUUCUUCGGGUGACCAAAACGCUGAGACGCGUUGAAGAAACUGAGGACAAUGAAAUAGACUCAGGUGAUCUUCAUCUUCAGCGAGAAGUUAGAGUGAGGCUACCAACAGCUUGCGAUGCGCGACAUGGACAGGGAGAAUUUGUGAUAAUGGCCAAAAAGAGACUUGGUGAUCUCACCCUGGCCUGUGCCCCCAGACUCGAAGCCUGGGCAGAAGCUGUUCGUGAACUCCAAAGUGCUCCUUGUUUUCUCAAAAGCUGA